AUGACAAAUACAAGAACUAGUCAAGAAAGUGAAAAUAUUAGAAAUAGAGGACAUAUUUCAGGUGAAAAUACUAUUGAACGUGUGGUACAUGCAGCAAAUAUUCAUCCUGAACAUUCUCAUAAAUCUAUGGAUAAAAAGUUAGAUGAGUGUAAAAAAUAUUUUAAAUUUGGUUUUUUUCUACUUCCUUGUAUUUGGUUAAUAGUUAUAAUUACAUUAUUUCAUGAAUAUAGGAAUAAAAAUAGUAUGUAUGAAAAAAAAGAGGAAGUUCGAAAAUAUUUUCAACGCUCAUUAAUCGGAUUUAUCAUUUAUGUUAUAAUCUUCAUUUGUUGGUUAUCUUUUUAUAUAAACGCUUACAGAAAUGAUGCUGAAUGGGCUUAUAAAAUUGGAGCUGUAUAUGCAAUAAAAUAA